ACAAUAGGACUGUUGUGCCGUGGUGAAGGGGGAGAGAUUGCAGCUCUGAGAAAUUCACUGUGGAAUAUAACAAAAUUAUUCUGAACAUUUGUGUCUUUAAUGUUCCCUGGUACAUGUACAUGGCAGGAAUUUAAUAAAAGCAGUCUACAUCUGGAAUAAACUGCAAAGGUUCACGUGAAUCGAAGCGUAAUCUGCAUUACGGCCGUCCCUCCCCGUCCCGUGCCGGCAGGGAUGAGAGGUGGCAGACAAGGGGGUAACCAGUGGAAUCCCUAGCAUGCUCUUCGACUUGAAAUCUAUGGGUAGGUCAGGAUGAAACGUCUCCGGUCAUCAAGCAGCAGUGACAGCUCUGACAAUGAGAGUCCCUCAACCUCCUUCUGCUCCUCCAACAAGUAUGGAAGCAAACCUGAAACCCCCGCCUCUAUGCCCAAGAAACCGGCAGAGGUGUUCCGGAAAGACCUGAUCAGUGCCAUGAAGCUGCCGGACUCCCACCACGUGAGCCCGGAGGACUACUACCUGCUGGCCGACACCUGGAGACAGGAGUGGGAGAAAGGGGUCCAGGUGCCGGCCAGCCCUGACACCAUCCCCCAGCCCUCCAUCAGGAUCAUGGCAGAAAGGCCCAAGGAAGUGCUCUUCACCAGACAGAGGAAGUACAUCCAGUGCUGGAGCCAGGACACGGCGGAGACGGGCUACGUCAACAUCAAGGAGCUGGCCGAGGCCAUGUGUCGCUACGACCUGGAUGACAUGGACCUGUACUGGCUGCAGGAGCUCAACCACGAGCUGCUUCAGAUGGGGGAGGGGCCCGUCGACGAGCUGACGAUGGAGCGCGUCAUGGAGGCCCUGGAGAGGCAGUGCCACGACAACAUGCGGCACGCCAUAGAGACGGUGGAGGGCCUGGGCAUCGAGUACGACGAGGACGUCAUCUGCGACGUGUGCCGCUCCCCGGACAGCGAGGAGGGCAACGACAUGGUGUUCUGCGACAAGUGUAACAUCUGCGUCCACCAGGCCUGUUAUGGCAUAGUGAAGGUGCCUGAUGGGAACUGGCUGUGCAGGACGUGUGUCCUGGGCAUCGACCCCCAGUGCCUGCUGUGCCCCACGAAGGGCGGGGCCAUGAAGGCCACGCGGGCCGGCACCAAGUGGGCGCACGUCAGCUGUGCCCUGUGGAUCCCCGAGGUGAGCAUAGCCUGUCCGGAGCGGAUGGAGCCCAUCACCAAGGUGUCCCACAUCCCUCCUAGUCGCUGGUCGCUCAUCUGCAGCCUCUGUAAGCUGAAGACUGGAGCCUGCAUCCAGUGCUCUGUGAAGAACUGCACCAUCCCCUUCCACGUGACGUGUGCCUUCGAGCACAGCCUGGAGAUGAAGACCAUCCUGGACGAGGGCGACGAGGUCAAGUUCAAGUCCUACUGCCUGAAGCACAGCAAGCCCAAGACGGGGGAACCGGGCCUCAGUCCGGCCCGCCCCAAGCCCCCCACAGAGCCCGAGAAGGGGGGCCAGCGGGGCCAGAGGCUCCUGGAGCUGGAGGAGGAGUUCUACACCAUGAUCCAGCCCGAGGAGCUGGCUCGCACCCUGGGCCUGGCCCAGAGCCUGCUGGACUUCAUCUACCAGUACUGGAAGCUGAAGAGGAAGAGCAACUCCAACAGGGCUCUGCUGCCCCCUAAAGAGCAGGAGGAGAACUUCCUGCUGCAGCCGCAGGAAGACAGCAUCCACACGCGCAUGCGCAUGUUCAUGCACCUGCGGCAGGACCUGGAGAGGGUCAGGAACUUGUGUUACAUGGUGAGCCGGAGGGAGAAGCUGAAGCUGUCUCAGAGCAAAUCCCAGGAGCAGAUCUUCAACCUGCACGUCAAGCUGAUCAACCAGGAGGUCUCCGCUGGUCUUCCUGUUUCCUUCCCGGUGGAGAGCCUGCUGUUCCGCCCUCCUCCCAGGAUCACCCUGAAGCUUAAGAUGCCCAAAGCGUCCCUGGGUAACGGCAAGACCAGUUCCAAGUCUGGCAACGGGCCGCUAUGUCCGGACAACAGCGGGAACGUCCACGAGCGCGGCGGCGUGGGCGGCCUGGGCCUGGGGAAGCCCCAGCUUCAGGGCCACAGCAGGAGGGAGGAGCGCCCCAACGGCCUCCUCUCCUCCCCGGGUCCAAGGUCACAGAGCGGCCUGCCCGCCGGGGGCGCCGCCCUGCCCGUCAAGCCCACGGGCAAGCCCCUGGCGCUGCACGCCGCCCUCCACGGACACUCGUCCAACGGGAACGGGAAAACGCCGCGGCCUAACGGCGUCGCGGACAAGUUCGUAGGCCAGAAGGACGGCUCCUGUCAGACCCCCAGCAACCAGGACCCUUCUGGCGAGGUGUCCGUCAAAGGAGGCCAGGCGGCCAGCUUCCGGAAGUCCACCAUGGAGCACUUCAGCAGGUCCUUCAAAGAAGCCACGGUCAGCCUGGUACGGACCACCGAGGACCUGUGGGACGCGGACAAGCUGUCCCGCAAAGGGUCCGCCAAAGAGAGGCCUUGGGUCAAACCGGUCCCCGAGCGCCCGCCAGGAGGCACCAAGCCUUACCAGGAGAGCGAUGGAUACUGCCCCGACCUGGAGCUCAGUGACUCAGAACCGGAGGCCAAGGGCCGGCGCCAGAGGCCAGGCAAAGUAGCCCUGGCUGGGGGUGACCACAUCAGAGGGGUCAGCCGGGGGAAGCAGCAGUCUUUGGGAUCCAGGAACUCCGUCCAGAGGUGACAGCCACACCUGCCCCACUGACCCGACCCUCUCACCUCUUCCCCUCUCCUGGCCGGGCAGCAGUCACAAGUGCCAGACACGCAUCCCUCUCCCCACACGCCUCGCCGGAACCCUCCCUGGCCGACGUGGGGACCGUCUGGAACACGCUUUCAGGAGGCCGUCGCCUGGUCCCGACCUGGAGGGAGGCGUUGGAUACGUGGACGGGAGAAAACUGGAGCUGAGGAUGGGCCCAGAACCUGCACCUCGGGGGGCGGGGCGGGGACUCGUCUGGAGGACGUACGUCUCCACGUUCGUCACUCACGCCAGGCUGGACUGACGCAUUCUUGUACUGUCUUCUGAGAUUAAACUACUCGUCAGUCUCCUUUGACUACCAUUGUUUUUUUCCGUAUUCUGCACAGUUUAUAAUCCUGGAAUGGAGCCAAACUUCAACGCAAAAAGUUGCCUCUGGGACUAGUGUUGUUACAUGUAAAUAUAAAUCGAGAAAUAGCCUGUACUUGGGCUGUAAAUAAAUGGUAUGUUGGCAGGCAAAAACACUAGUGGAUUUCAAUUGGCAUCAUGCAGAAUUGAGGUAAGAUCGAAAAGUGGAUUAUAAAUGGGGGGUGAAGGCAACGUCUGGGUCGAGUGACUCGUAUUACGACCCUUCCCAGUUUGCUAUCCCCUCUUUCUUUCACUCUUGAUUUCGCCAUCACUCUCUUGCUAUGUUUAGGACCUGCGUAUCUACAUAGUUUGUUUGAGAAGGUUGUCCAAAAAAAAGAUCCUCAUGAGAGAGAUGCUGUGUUCAGUGGAUUCUGUUUUAUAUGGAAGAAUGUGUACUGCAUAGGUACCGAUACAAAUUCCGUUUGCCAAGUAAUAGAAAGCUCAGCUGAGUGACUGAGAAACUGAAUAUCAAUGCCAUUCCAUGUCUUAUUUUGCAGUGGGUCAAUAGGGGUUUCCUAUUCUGAAGAAUGUGUAGCAGGCAGGAUUGUACUGUACAAACAUACUCAGUAACCAUAGGUAUGAUUUACAAUGCAAGUGUUGUUCGACUGCACCCUAGUGGAUAACUGAACAACUUCAGAGGAUGACAUUCUCAUGCAGUUUAGUGUAGAAGACAUACCUGGCCUCUGUUUUUUUUUGUAGAGUAUUAAAGAGGGUAUUUAUCGCACUUAAGUGUUCAACACAUUCCCCUGAGUAGCAUGAAGGAAGUUCUGCUCUGUUUUAUAUGCGUUUGUUUGCUGUAUCUGUUCUUUGAAUUUCCAACAUGUCCUUGUCUAUAAAUUGUACUGUAUCUGCCAGCAACCAAUGAGAACACUGUAACCAAGAGGGUGGAUUACAAUCUACUAAAGACUACGUUAUUUUAAGAAAAUCCUCAUUUUACACUAAAUGGGAUACAAGGACCUACGGAUUUUCACUGUUGUGUUUUUCCUCAGAAAAAUACCUUUUUCAAUAAAUUUCAAUAAUGUCUC